ACUUCUUCGUUCUCGAUACCCCGCAUCAAAGUAUAUCAGAGUACCCAACUGACUCAAUAUACCAUCAGUCUUCUAGAAUUAGGAGAGAAACUCACCACCAAAGGUCCCCACAAGAUCGAAGCCACACCCCGCAGAGUACGCGGUUUGUUGGGCGGGCAAUACGUCUUCGAUACGCUUGAAGCCAAAUAUGUCUGGGAGCAUCCAUACUAUCCUUACUUCUACAUUCCCCUCUCCGCCUUCCCGCCCGGCGUCCUCACCAAAACCGCGCCCGAGACCAAAAAAUGCUACUGGUUAGGCACCCUCACCUCAAGCACCUCGUCUACCUCCCGCGUCCUGGCAUUCGAUCCAUCCGGCCCGCUGGAAAACCUCGUGCGUAUCGAAGUCUCGGCUCUCGAUGCAUGGUUCGUGGAGGAUGAGAAGCAGCUGGGACCCCACCCAAAGGACCCCUAUAAAAGGGUGGAGUGUAUCCCUUCUUCCCGAGAAGUGAGGAUCGAGGUUGCCGGAACGGUUGUGGCGCGGAGUAGCCAGAAUGUGUUUUUGUACGAGACGAUGUUGAGGACGAGGUAUUAUGUUAGUGCGGUGGGGGUGGAGUAUGGGUAUUUGAGACCUAGUGAGAUGGAGAGCUUUUGUCCGUAUAAAGGAAUGGCGAAUUAUUACCAUCUUGUUGUUGAUGGGAAGGAGAUCAAAGAUGCGAUUUGGUAUUAUAAAUAUCCGACUGCGGAAAGCGCCUUAGUAGCUAAACGUUUGUGCUUUUAUAAUGAGAAGGUCGAUGUGUUUAUUGAUGGUGUGAAGGAAGAAAAGUAG